CCCCGAUUUUUAGAAAGCCUCAGUGAGCAUUGUGCGUGCUUCUAUUUUGAAAACCAAACGACCGGAAGUGUUGGCCUCACCGCGGCGCGCUUCACGGUGGUGGUGGAUGAGGGGAUGUGGCGGAGUCGGAGGACGGGAAGCAGGAACCGGGGGAAGGAGAAGUGUCCACAAUGAGACCGCCGCCGCUGCGCCCCCCGCUCGGCUGCCUGCUCACAGGCUUCGGCUCGCUGUCCGCUUCCCGGAACAAACUCGUCGCACAAGCCGCAGCUGCUCCUCACCUGUGCUACCUGAGGAAAAACAUGCACUAUCAGACGGAGCACAGAGGACGUCCGCAUUCUCCCGACUUCCGGAUCUAUUUUAAAACCUCCCAGGGGAAAUAUGUUUCACCGUUCCAUGACAUUCCACUUGUAGCAGAGCCAGAACAGCAGGGCAACGAUGUGCCAGCUAAAAAACCCAAGAAUGAUGAGAAUGAGGUGCUCUUUAACAUGGUUGUUGAGGUACCUCGAUGGUCAAAUGCUAAAAUGGAGAUUGCAACAAAGGAACCGCUGAAUCCAAUCAAACAAGAUGUAAAGAAAGGCAAGCUCCGGUAUGUUGCCAACAUAUUUCCCCAUAAAGGUUACAUCUGGAACUAUGGGGCACUGCCACAGACGUGGGAAGACCCAAACCACACAGACGCAGAAACUAAGUGUUGCGGUGAUAAUGAUCCCAUUGACGUCUGUGACAUAGGCACCCAGGUGUGUUUUCCAGGUCAGGUGAUCCAAGUGAAAGUGCUCGGCAUCUUAGCUAUGAUUGAUGAGGGAGAGAUGGAUUGGAAGGUCAUCGCUAUCAAUGUUAAGGACCCGGAUGCCAAAAACCUAAAUAGCAUAGAGGAUGUCCGCAACAGCCGACCGGGUCAUUUAGAGGCAACAGUUGACUGGUUUAGGAAAUAUAAGGUGCCUGAUGGGAAGCCUGUGAACCAAUUUGGAUUCAAUGGACGAUUCAAAGACAAGGACUUUGCAGUUGAUAUCAUCAAGUCCACCCAUGAGCACUGGAGGGCACUAUUGCAGAAGCAGACAAAUAGUGAAGGAAUUGAAUGCAAAAAUAUUUCUUGCUGUGAGAGCCCUUUGAAAUGCAGUGCUGAUGAGGCGAGUGAUGUGGUCCAAUCGGCCCCAGCAUUUGGAAGCCCACAUCCUGUCUCCCCAGAGGUGGACAAGUGGCAUUUUGUCUGAAACCCCAAAGACAAUAUGGAAUUCUUAACAUCCUAUGAAGCGGUAUCUAUAUUUCGGCGUGUUUUCGUAUGCAACUGUUUUUAUUUUUGGUAAGAACUCUUUCUCAGCUGUUUAAAGUGGCAUUUACAUUUACCAUCCAAUAAUUUGUUGAAAAAGGAAAUAAAUAGAUAAUACCCUAAUGGUCGGGGAGCAUGAGCAAGUCAAGAUCUUGACUUUUGUAAUUGAGUAAGAGCCAGAUGCAGAAGACAUCAAAUUGAUUUGUUGCCAUUCACACCAUUAUAAAUAAGAGGUAAAUCUAAAAAAAAUAUUGGUCUUCUUUGUUUUAAAUUCUGUUCAAUUUUAAAUGUUUUUUAUGUAUUUCCGUACUUUUGUGUCAAAUGCACAGCUCCAGCCUUGCACUGUAUAGAACUGAAAGGUUAACAUGAUCCUCAAAUGCCUUAAGUCAUCAAACUGUACUUGCAACCACAAUUUCUUGUUUGGAUACAUAAUAAAAAUUGAAGUGUGAACAUGA